AGCAGUGGUAAAAGGGCAGGAGGUGUGGUGGCGAACAGGCAACUGCCGCACAAGCGCUCCUGGGCCGACUGCCCGACACUAAUCAGAGAGUGAGGGCAGGAGAAAGCGCAGUUAGGGAGGGUGAAACUGAUAAGAGAAGGUAACGGGGAGCAUCUUGGGAACUGCAAGUGAUUGAGAGCAGAGCCAGGAAUCCAAAAAGCCGAAAGCGACCCGGUUUGCCUCAUGUGUUUUUUCAGCGGCUGGGAGUAGAAAAUAGCACGGCUUAGCUGUGGACUUCGGUCAGGGCGGCGGGGACUGAUUUGUGUGGGAAUUACGCCAUGCUGGUGGAUCUUCACAUUCUGCCCUUAGGCGGCCAAGACAAUGCCAGCUGGUUCUCUCCAGAGCACAGGAAGGAAGUCGGCUUUCUGAUUAGAGAUGCAUUGGAGCUGAGAGUGAGGCAGUUUCAAGAGGCCAGAUACCAGAAGAUCCAGCCCAAACCGAGGAAGGAUCUUACCCUGACUGGCCCACUCUGUCUUAAAGGUGGGAAUGUUCACUUGGCGGUGCACUUCAUGAAACGACACGUCAACCUGAGAUGCAUUAUCAGGCAGCACUACAGAGAGUUGCGUGUGUUUCCUGAGCGUGUUGUAGUGUGUGCCAGUCCUCCAGAGAAUUCUGCACUUCCCAGAGGAAACAUGAACCUGGAUGUGAGUGAACCAAGCCAUUCAAAGUAUUUUUCUGGCUCAGGUAAGAUGAUAGAUCCAUUACCCAGCUCCACAGUAACGAAAAGAGCCAUUCUUCAGAAGAUUGCCAGACAGGCUAAAGUCCAACCCCAAGAACGCCAAGAUGAUCAAGCUGACAAAGCUGAGAAGGGGUCUGCUGAAGCAUGUCAUCCUGUCACCAUAUCGUCUGGCAGCUUGCUCACGGGUGAGUCAUUGGAUGCAGGGAAAGCCGUGUUGUCAUCUAAAUUAAGUAACAGUAAAGAGGUCACCGAACCACAUAUUGCUACCGGUCUGAAGAGACGAACACGGACCCCAAGUAGCUCAGGAGAAGACGCUGACCGCCAAAAGACAAAAAGAUCUCGUCUUGGAGAGCCUGCAGCAUCAAGCGAUUCCAACAACCCCUCUUCUGACUUUGCAGCUCCAGACUCCGUUUGCAGUCCCCAGCCUGAGAUUUCACAGACUAACCAAAGCGGGCUGGCCGCAAGCUUGAGAGGCCUAUCCGUCAAGCCCGUAUCCUCUGGCUCCUCUAUUAGUUCCAGAUCUGUCGCCAGAGAGGGAAGAAAGGGGGGUGAGCCCAGAACAUCCCGAUUACGCCGGCUCAAGAAGUCCUGAGGGGCGCAGCGGCAUCGAACGAGAGAGGAUGUCUGACGCCACCACGAUGGAUGUUACAGUACACACUUCUACUGUAAUACUGUCUGUCAGCGGCGGUUGCACAAGAGUUCACCACACACAGUCUCUGCACAUACAGUACUUCCCUUUUCCCUUUAAAGUAAAAAACUCGAAACUGCUUAAACGCUUGAAUUAGAUUACCAAGAAGCUCUGAAAUAUUUGAAUCGACUCCACUAGCAACAGCUUAAAAGGAACUCAAGCAAACAGUAACUUCACUCUAAACAAAAACACAAAUGCAGUUCGCGUUUUCGGCGUAAGAUUUGUAUUUCAGACUAGCGGGAGCCAUUGAGCACACUGUGGCUUUAAGCCCAAAUCUCUGGCUCCAUCCGUCUGAAAUCUCCACUCUUCCAGCUUCAGCUGAACACAUGAUUGAUUUCGCUGUGUUCUCACAUACACCGCGCUCCUUAAGCGAUCAGGGGUUUUCACCGUUGGAGCCGACUGCCGUCUCCCUGCGGUUAUUAUUUGUAAAUGUGUUAUUGCUUUUCGUAACAGCUAAAAGUCUGCUGCGGGAUGACUGACAACGUUAUGGAACGCUGUAGUGGCGCUCGUGUCCGAUAUUUGGCUAAUCACGGGUGCAGUCGACAUUGAUAUAGUGCGUGAUGGCAGGAUGAUUAUAUGUAUGGACGUAAAUUCGUUGAGUCACAUGCUUUAUUUUCCAGCCGUGCUUACAAAUCACUCGAUGUUUAUGUAUUUAGUAUAAUAGAUAUGUGUCAUAAAAACAUUAUCAGAAUAUCCAAACGUUGUGCAGUAAUAAUCCCAAAAUGUGGCAGUCGGAAUGCUUCUGGUUUAGAAUUACAGCAUAUUUUAGUUUAUAUUCUGAUUUUAUGUCAUGAAAUUUAUUAAAGAUAGCAAACCAUUUGUUCUUAAUCAAACAGUGUUUGCACUGAUAUUCUUGAAACUAAAGGUCCAAGGAUUCAUUUAAAAUGGAAUACAAUCUACUGCCUGUUUUACUAUUACUUAAUCUAUAAUAAUAAAGGAAUUCUGAUUUCUUUUAAUUAUAUAGUGCUCAGAAUGAUAUACUGUAACGCUUUGAGAUCAACCUUUGAGUGUGCAUUCAAGUGUAACAGAUUACUGAAAAUGAAAAAAUUAAUGUUGGUUGGGAAAAAUGUAGUGCUGUUUAUUGAUUUUGAGAUGGGUUGGGUUUUAAGUGGACUAAAUGUUUGGAGAAAUCCAGCAUACAUCACCAAGGAGAAGACUGAGUUCUGACAUUUUGAUUGAGGCCAGGAAAAUAACACGCAUUUACAAAUUAGAAUUUUCACUUCAUGUCAAUUUAAAAAGAACAAUUUUAACCAUAAAAGAAAAUGUCAUCAACCCACUCCAAGCCCGUUCAACUUCCUUUCUUCUGUGGAACAGCAAAAGGAAAUUCUGGAGGCUGUGCUGAGCAUUCAUUUUGAUGUAAUUUCAACGAAUGGAGAUGGAUGCAUUCAAGUUUCAGAAAUGACACAGAGCGCAAUAAAAUAAUCAUAAAAGUUACUUGUGCAUUAUAUCCAAAGUGUUCAGAAGUUCUAAAUAGCCUUUGUGUGAGAAACAGAGGGAAGUUUAAGUUGUUUUUUAGCCAGUGUUCCUCUGCUGCGACCAAAUUGAGUCAGCGAGUUUAUCUCCAGUCUGAUUCAUAAAUCAUUUAGACAGGUUUUAUGAACUGGACCAACUGAGUGAUUGAAAAGAUGUGACUCACAAGAAUGAUUCGUUCACAAAUUGGACCUAUUUCACCAAUUAUAAGAAAAUCUUGAGUCAAUGUUCGCUUCAAUUUCUCACAAAGCCAUCACAUGACUUCAGAAGACUUGAAUAUAGGGCACGAAUAGUAUUAACCAUUUUGUUGAUGUCUUUGUUCAUCUUGAAACCUCCAGUUCUCAUUGAGUGUGCAUGGAAAACUGCUACCUUGCUUAUCAAAAUGGCUUCUUUGUGUACCACAGAGGAAAAAAAAUCAUAUGGAAAAAAAACACCUCGACGGUACUUGAUGACAGAAUUUACAUGAUACAUGACUGGAAAACAUUGGGAAACCCCUUUCUUCUUCUCAUCACCAUAAGCUUCGUGUUUUGCCCUGCAGUUCUUUUACUGAAUACCUCAUUCAUCAUUUAGGGAGGGAGGUUCAUUCGCAGCGUCAGCCUUCACAUGGUACAGAGCACAAUCAGACCCGCACGGCUGUACCACGAAAAGACAUUUAGACCUUGUGCCUCACAUAACAUUACGUCAGCGUAAGAGAGGAUUCGACUCCCAAAGCAGCACAAUGGAGCACAAAUCGAAAACAAACAUUUAAUUUUCCUUUUAUACAAAAUGUUUAAUAAAUAUAACAUUCAAAAAAUAUUGCCAGGAACAAACUAAAAAACAAAUUUACAAUAAGGUCAAAUAUGAACAUUGAAUAUUGCCAUGAUCUCAUAGCAUUUACAAAUAUGCGAUAAGCUUGUCGGUUUGGUGUUUUAGAGAGCCUCGAUAUAAAAGAAUAACGAAAAGAACACUACAUGUGCACAGCAAUAGAAACGGACUCCUGAAAGCAAGGCAGUCAUCUACAGUGUUUUCAUUGGCCCCCUACUGUUCAAGUAUUCACAGCCUAGCUUAUGACAUACUGCAAACCGAAGCGGAAGAGAAAUGAUUUGUGUGAAUCAGAUUUACCAACAAGCAACUAGAAGACUCGUGUUCCCUUUUAUUUUUGAUUUUUUUUUAAUGAUUUAUUUUUUUUUUCUUUCAUCUGUGGCAAGCAAUGUGUCUGCCACCAGGUAUCCAAACAAAAAGCAGUCAUGAUGUUGACAUUGCCUGCAUUGAGAGUUGGUAAGAGUUGGCAAAAUACAUACAAUAGUUUCAAAUAUUGAAAUAUCUGACAAUGUAUAAAAAGAAAAUUCUCAGGCACACAAAUGCCCAUCUUGUUUUUGAAAAAAAAAAAAAAGGACUGCUUUUUU